UCAGGAUUGCCUUGUGGAUGAAAGUGGGUGUUUUACAGAAGCAGCAGGUCCUGAGCUUAAAAACAAGUAUGUCCUUGAAGAAGGGAAUGAAGCUGUCAUUAAGAUGCUUCAAGCAGCUGGGAGUUUGUUAAAAGAGGAGAAAUACGUGCACAGUUACCCCUAUGACUGGAGGUCUAAAAAACCAAUGAUUAUUCGUGCCAGCAAACAGUGGUUUGUAAACACAGCAGAUGUGAAGGCCACAGCACAGGACGUGCUGAAAAAAGUGAAAGUGAUCCCUACGUCUGCCGUGAACAGGAUGCUGGAGAUGCUGGAUAGAAGGACAUUCUGGUGCAUAUCACGGCAAAGAUGCUGGGGCGUCCCAAUUCCUGCUUUUUAUCGGAAGAGCACGGGAGAAUGCUUGAUGAACAGGUACCUGUCUAGCCUUAGACACUGAGAAGUGACAGAAGGAGCACUGUCUAUUGUGCUGCACUUAAUGGUAUUAUAAAACUCAUUAUUUCAAGUCGGAA